AAAUCAAUUUACCCGAACACUAAUACCUAAUACACUAUAGGCUAUAGUAAUAAACAUUGAAAUCACGUGAUAAACAACAUAUUCUAACGUUUGUAAAGACUAUUGCAUUGAGUUUACAAUACAUUGACUUUUAUUAUUGAAAACAUAAUUAAGACAUAAUUUAGUGAUAAUUAUCAUUGAAUUUAUGACAAAUGAGUCCAACUCUUAACCAUAGCUUUGGUCGCAAAAGUAGUGAACGAAAAGUGAAUGUAUUUCUCAAUAAUUUUAACGACAAUAAUGUCAACAAUGAGUUGAUUAUCAAUAAUAACAAUAAUGUUGUCUUUGAGUCGAUGCCUAACUUACAGCCUAUUCUUGAGUUUGACGCCAGCGAUGGCAUGGAUGUGGUCGACGGCAACGCAAUGACCAAUUUAAUUGCCAACCGAAGUGUGGCACAAACAAGCAAUGGUCGCAACCAAUCGGCAAACAAAAGGUCAGAGUUUAGGGCAACGGAAGCGCUGUUGAGACGACAGGCGCCGACUUUUCUGUUGAUUGAAUCAUUGAUUUGGAAUUUCUGUGGAUAUAAUGAGUCCGAUAAACACAAACAGAAACAACUGUUUCAUAAACUUUGUCACCGAUUGCAAGAUCUGAAGAUUAUCGGUAACUCAUUUACCAACGAUUCGCUGCAUCCGAUUCGUGAGUUUGUUAUUAUUAAAUUCAAUCAAAUUGUACAACAAAUUAAAGCUGAAGACAACCCACUCUAUCUCUCGUCCACUUCUUCGACACCUUUUAUUGAUAGUCCGCAUCUGAUUGAAGACUCGAGUCGUUAUAACAAAGAGUUUAUUGAUUUGGGUCUUAUUGAAGAAGGAGGCUUUGGAACCGUUAACAGAGCAAAGUAUAGGUUUGAUGACUGCGAAUAUGCGGUUAAAAUGAUUAGAUUUAAGUACAAAAAUGAUACCGACUUUAAAAAGAUUACUCGAGAAGUUCAACUCUACGCAAAUCUGCCGACACAUCCCAAUGUUGUCGCCUAUAAGACUGCAUGGCUUGAAAAUUGGUGUCUUCAUCGAGAAAAGAUUCCACUGAAGAAACAUUUAAAAAUUAGUAAAAGCAAUAAAAUUAACGAACAAAUGGAUGCUUUUGAUGAAGAUUUUGUUGUCAAUUCUCGAAAAACUGAAAACGAAGUUUCCAUUUGUUUUGAAUAUUCAUCAAAAAGUGGUUUACAUAUUCAAUCAUCAAAUAAACAGAUCAUUGAAACUAAUUUGAUAAAUGAAUUGAAACAAUUUAAUAAUGAAGACAAAGAUAAUAAUGAAGACAAAGAUGAUAAUGAAGACAAAGAUGAUAAUGAAGACAACGAUAAUGAUGAAGACGAUGAAGAGGAAGAUGACGAAGAAGAUGAUGAAUUUACUAGCGAUGAUUCAAUGGAUAGUCUCAAUAAGUCAUUUGGAGAUAUGACUACAAUUAGACAAUCAAUAGUCAAACGCAAGACUUUAUCAAUUAGUUCGACGACAUCACAGAGUGAUAGAGGCGUUAAUUGCAAAGAUUGUAAUAAACUGGAAAUGUAUAGCAAUGGAGAAGUGCCUCAAAUACAAUGUAAUAACAAAUCGUCAAAUGUCUGUCCCAUAGCCUGUUCCCAAUUCGGUGCAAUUCUUUACAUACAAAUGGAAUUAUGCGGAAUGAAUCUAAAAUCAUGGCUUAGGGAUCGUAAUGAUCGGACAUUUAAAAAGUUUGAUAAAAAUAUCAAUGAAUAUAUCCUUAAUGACGAUGAUAUUAAAACAGCAAAAAAUAUAUUUCGCCAAAUUCUCAAAGGCGUUGAAUAUAUUCAUUCACAACAUUUAAUACAUAGAGAUCUUAAACCACAAAAUAUAUUAUUUAGUAUCAAUGGUUCACAAGUAAAGAUCGGUGACUUUGGUUUGGCUACACUUCAUAACAGUUUAGAUAAGGAUGAGAUCUCUUUAGAUAUCUUUAAACAGAGUACAGGUGACAAUGUCUGCAUUAACGAUCACACGGCAGGUAUAGGAACAUCAAUAUAUGCGGCACCGGAACAAAAAGUGAGAAAAUCGCAGCUCAGUUAUGACAACAAAACUGAUUUAUUUAGUUUAGGUAUCAUUUUGUUUGAACUUUUUUACCCGCUUUCAACUGAUAUGGAAAAAAUUAAAUGUGUUAACAAUAUAACCAAAAAACAGAUUUUACCCAAAAGUUUGACUAAAUUUUAUCCAAAUGUGGUUAAAAUAAUUUGUGAUUUGACUCAUAUUAAUCCAACUCUCAGACCAAAUGCUACACAAGUAUUACAUUCAUCACUAUUCAUGAGUGAAGAACAAAUGAUAAUUAGACACAUCGAGGAACAGAAUAAAAGUAUUAUUAAUGAAAUGGCCGCUAAAGACAACAAAAUCAAAGAUUUGGAAAAUCUUUUGAAUCUUAAAUGUAAAGAAGUUUUAGAUAAAAAUAACGAAAUCGAGUCAUUAAAGAGACAGUUGGCUGAUAUGUCACUCAAAUUAAAACAAUUGCCUUAAUAUAUAAUUUAGUUAUUUUUUAUAAUUAAUA